AUGCUUUAUUCGCAGUAUUUAACAUUACUUAUUAUCUCUUGUUUAGGAUUUAGUAGUACUGCUACUCAACGUAGUUUAAAAGCCAAAGGAAGUAUUAGGAUUCAUGGAAUAUGCCCCUCAAAUAUAACUGCAAAAAUUUCUACCAGUGGAUAUGUUACAGUAACUUUUUUUGAGACACAUGUGGGACAUGAGGAUGACCUACGGACUAAACGACUGUCAAAAAGUGAACAAAAUGUUUUGUGUGGAAAAAUUAAAUGCAGGUGUAACAAGCCAAAGAAUAAUCAAAAAUGCUAGAAUGGUUAGUAACCAUACUUUGGAAAGGAUUAAUGUAAUUACAAGGGGUGAUAUUUAAUCCAAAAAUAUAAAAUUGAUAAAAAAAGGCAUGCUGAUGAUAUGAUUGCUGUAUCUUUGAAAGUUGAGGAAUGGAAUCAACAGGGAAGGAAUGAUGCAUUUUUAUUUAAUUAAAUAGGAAUGAAUUUUCCAGGAUUGAAGGAUGAAGAUUUUGCCUUGGGAUAUAUGAAUGGGAUAAUGAAAAGAAAACUAAGGGAAUUUAAAAAAAAUAUUUGCAUUGAUGGGACACAUGGCACUAAUCGUAGAAAUUGGGAUUUAACCAUUGUGCUAAUUAAAGAUGAGAGAACAACAUGCAUGAAAGUAAAAAUGCAACAGGAA